AUGCCGCUGAGCGCUGACGAGCUGGCCGCUGUGGAACGGGUACGUCAACUGGCCGGUGGGAAAGGGCAUCCGUACUGUGAGCACGAUUACAACGUUCAGCGCUGGCUCACUGCCUACGAAGGUAAUGAAGAGGAAACGGCAAAGGUCCUACGACGCCAUCUCAAUAUUCGUGAAAUUAUGUCGCUGACGUCGUUGCCAAACGCCAAAGGUGAAAAUAUUGACGACGAAGCUGAAAAAUACGCCCCGUUGACGAUUCUUGGAAGAAAUCGAAUUGAUGACAAUAAGGCUACUCGAUUUCUGCGCAUGAAAUUCCGAACUAUGGAACGUCUACAGCAACGUGUUGAAAAAGAAGAGCGUCGACUGGACCAACAGAGCGGUGGCUUGCUAAUCAUGGACCUGGACGGACUUUCAUUCAGCACUAACCUCUUAUCAGUACUAGCA